AUGAACGAGGCGUCGUUGGUCGGGCUGACGGACCUGUACUGCACGGGCGAGCUGCUCGCCGCGGUGCAGCGCGCGGGGAUAUGGUCCGACUCCAAGGACUUCGUCGACACCCCCAUCAAGCCCCCGCACGUCUCCGGCGACGUCCUCCUGGCGUGGAGACGAUACCCGCGGGAUGAGGGGAACGACAUACGGGAGCGAACGGACGACGAGGUUCGCGCUUUCGUCGCCAGGUACUUCGAGGCCGGGCCCGCGCGGCCCGUCGAGGGCGGCGAGGUGGACGUCGACGACGCGAGGGCGACGCUGCCGGACUGGGAUCCCGACGGACCCGCGUUCGCGAAUGAUCUGGCGGAUCCGAAGCUUCGAGAUUUCGCGCGACGCGUCCACGCGCUCUGGCCCUCCCUCGCGCGUCCACCAUGGACCGAUCCCCCCGCGACGGACCACCCCGGAUGGCGAUCCACGCUGCUACCGCUCCCCCGCGCCGCCAUCGUCCCGGGCGAGCGCUUCCGCGAGACGUACUACUGGGACUCGUACUGGACCGCGCUCGGGCUGCUCGCGAGCGGGAUGCGCUCCACAGCCGCGGGGUUGUGCGAGAACAUGCUGAGCCUCGUGGACGCGCACGGGUUCAUGCCCAACGGCGCGAGGGUGUAUUACCUCAACAGGAGCCAGCCGCCCGUGCUGGCGUCCACCGUGGCGGCCGUGUGCGGCGUCGGCGGCACAGCUGGCGGCGGGAUGGAGCUCGACGCCGCGCUCGCCGCGCGAUCGCUGCCGACGCUGGCGCGGGAAUGGGAACACCUCACCGGACCGAGACGGACGGUGAGGGUGCGAUCGAGGCGGGACCCGACCGCGACGCACGCGAUGUACAGGUACUGGGCGUACACGGACGAGCCGAGGCCGGAGAGUUGGAGGGAGGACGUCGAGGUUUGCGCAAACUGCGAAUCGAUCGACGGGAAGCGGCGGAUCUAUCGCGACGUCGCCUCCGCCGCCGAGAGCGGUCACGACUUCGGCAGCCGCUGGCUCGCCACCGCGGGCGAGAACGAGGUGGCGCCGGGGGAGACGAGCGCCGGGGAGAGGCGCGCGGAUCCGGCGUCGCUGGCGAGCAUUCGAACGACGAGGAUCGUUCCCGCGGAUCUCAACGGUUUCAUGCUGCGAUACGCCGCCGACGUCGCGGCCAUCGCUCGAGCCGUGAACGACGACGCCACCGCGGCGAGGUUCGAAUCGGAGGCGAACCGGAUCCGCGUCGCUCUGCGCGAGGUGCUGUGGGACGAAGAGACGGGGAGGUGGCGCGAUUUGCUGCUGAGCGAUUGGGACGAGGACGACUGGGAGGAGGUACCCCUGGUCCAUGCGACGAGGGCGGACGACGGAUUCAUCCCCGGGACGAGGGCGUCGGAUUGGAUUCCGCUUUGGUGCGGCGCCGUCGCCGCCGGGUCACGUGAAGCGAUCCGAGCCGUCGACGCCCUUCGAACCUCCGGCCUCGUCCUCCCGGGCGGCAUCGCGACGUCGCUGGCGCACACCGGGCACCAGUGGGACUACCCCAACGCGUGGGCCCCGCUCGUGCACGCGCUGUGCGAGGGAUGCGACGCGUUUGGUGGCGACGCGGGUGGGCAACUGGCGAGGGAGGUGGCGACGCGAUGGGUGAGGGGAAACGCGACCGCGCUCGAACGCACGGGGUACAUGCACGAGAAGUACGACGCGAGGAAUGCGCAGGCGGGGGCGGGCGGGGGCGGCGAGUACUCGCCGCAGAGGGGCUUCGGGUGGAGUAACGGGGUGGCUCUGCACUUCCUCCGCAGGUACUUCGCGUCGGGUGCGGGCGGUUCGGAGCGCCGCGAGGUGGGUCACUCCGAGGUGGGUCACUCCGAGUCGACGCACAGUUUGCCCGACGGCGUGAUGCGUCCGUGA